AUGAUUCUGCUGGCAAUUUUCUUUCUUCUAGGGAAAUCAAAUGCGCUGUCAGCGAUUCGCGAUGGAGACAAUAUAUUAGAUGAUCUGAUCCCUCCGAUGGGAGAUCUCCAUUUGCCUGUGUUUCCUGAGGGAAAAUCGUGGACCGACACGAGCACAUCGUUUCGAUCAUGGAGGUAUAGCCAUCAUCGUUUCAAAGGCGCCGAAGUGGCUGAAUGUAGCGAGAAUGACCUUCCAAUGAAGGUAGAACACAUCUAUUACUGGCCUGGCGAUCAUAUUUCUUUCCCGUGCAAAGUUUGUCAACGAGAUCUCGAUUCAAAUGGGAAGAUCAAAACGUGGGGUUGGGCCGCAAAAGUAUACGACUUUUUCGAUCAUUACCAGAAGAAUAAGAAGUUGCAACACGCGGAUGUUGGCGUGCAAUUUUUAGAACUCAAUUCCGAGAACAAUACAAGAUUGAAUGAAUUCGAGGGAUCAGGGGAUUCUGAUCCGUCUUACAUGUCCGGAAAUCGAAUUCAGGCUAAAGAGCACGGAUUUUUGUCCCAUAUUCGACGACAAACGUUCGAACAAAUUGGCAAUACGUUACACAUUCAUAAUGCUGAAGCAAAGGCGGCUGGUGUAUAUUUUUGCUACGAUGACGCCGCGAUCAAUUUGGUCCGCUAUUUCUAUAUUCUCCACGCAAUGACGCCGAUCAAUAAAAAUAUGUCGAACAUAUCCGCUUUUGAGACGGCUUGCAUCGCGGCUGGACGGCUGACUUUUGGAACACUAUACAUUUGGCAAGACUUGACCAAAGCUUUUCUCAACUCUUUAUCUUCUUUCUUCAUCAUUUACAUGUUUGUGCGCAGGUUGAUUUGGGUGCACAACGAGUUUCAUGGACUCAUUGCUUUUAAACUAUUCAUUGUUUGGAUCUAUGCUAUAAACAAUUCCAUUGUACAUUGGUUACCAAUCGUUGAACGCUGGAUUUAUACAGAUUCUUGUAUGUACGUCUACAUCAGUAAUCGAGUGCUUUUAUUUAAAAUUGUUCAGUACUGUUGCAUGAUCUCAAUGUCAACAACGAUCCUUCUCUUAUUGGCUGAAAGAUCACUUGCUUUACAUUCACAAGUCUCUGAACGUAAAUCACAAAUGAUUACGCGAGCUUUUAUUCUUUUUGAGAUUGUGAUUUUUUUAACGGUUACAUUCAAAUCGAUUGAUAUCGAACAUGAUGAAAUCUGGCCGAUUCUUCAUCCUUUAGAAGAUACACAAACCCUUGCUCCUUUGGGCAAUACUAUAGCAACAGCAAUUAUCUGUGUUGAUGUCCCAACGAUGGCCUAUUGCCUUGUGCUGAGGACAUUUUGCAAGAGAAAACUCAAAACAAAUCAUCAAUCCCUCCAAAUCACUUAUAAACUUCGCUAUUCAUUGACCGUCGUUGAUGCCUUUAUUCCCGUGAUCUUCUUCCACGGAGCUGUUCUAUUGUUUAACAACAUUUCUGUACUCAUUUCGCCGAUGAUAUUAACCUCAUUAGAUCUUGUGGCAAAGAAAAACUAUCAUGGGUUAACAAAUAUAAUGCCUUACUACACUGUGAUCAUGCCAAUUCUCUAUCUUUAUGCUCUUCGAAAGUUGAGAGAAAGG